AUGUACCACUUCAAGAUAACACGCGCAGCACCUAACGCACCGCGUCGCAUGGCUGCCAACCCCUUCAACUCCUUCCGAGCGCGUUUCAACAAUCGGAACAAUGGUUUCUCUCACUGCCGACCCGACGUGAUCGAUGAGAAGUUUGCCUCAAGUCGCGUGGCGAUACUUCAGGCGUGGUUCAGAUUAGGAAAAGGGGGCUGCUUUGGUUAUCACAACCGGGCCAGGAAUGACCAACAGCGAUACAAACUAGAUCCCCACAUUCCUCAGCCAUCCGCAGGCCCACUGAGCUAG